GACGAUGCAAGGAUCGCUUGCUACUCCGCUUUUGGAAUGAUAACACAGGACUCUCGUUUGUUUACAUUCGUCUGUCAGUUAUCCAUGUGAAGUCUACUUUUGGACUGAAUCUAUUAGUUUCGUCCGAUUGAAGUCUUGAUACUUGUUUAAUCGACAGCAUAAACAAUUUUUAAGGUUAAAUUGACUAAAAAGCAAUAACUAAAUGGACGACAAUUGGAAUACGAGGUUUUUCUACUCGGAGAGAGAUUUCAAUGUUCAAACUACUGGUAAAAACGAAGAGUCUUUUUUCGAUCAGUGCCUCAAAGAUAGGUGGAAGCAAAUCGAAGACGAUGAAAACAUACUGCGCUACUCGGUGAGAUCGCAAAAGAGUAAACAACUCGAGGGGAAGUACGGCUUUAUGCUCGAGUUGAACACGAAUAGAGCAAUCAAAAGGCGAAAACCCGAGGAAAUCAUGUCAAUAAAUCAACCAUUCGAUGGAAAUAAAUUUAAUUUCACUAAAAUAUCCAACAAAGAGAUACUUUUUGACAUUGGCAAUGGAGAUGGAAGUGACGUUAUAAUUGUCAACGUUAGCCCUAUCCUAUGGAGUCACAGCUUAAUAAUAACAGAAAGAUUUCAUGAACAUCCACAGCAUGUGACUCUGUACAGUAUUAAGAAAUCUUUAGAUAUCAUCUUACUUAGCAAAACAGAAAACUUGAAAGUAUUGUUCAACAGUUUAUGUGCGAAUGCUUCUGUCAAUCAUUUACACUGGCAUCUUUAUUACUUGAAUAGUCGAAUGUUAUUAGAACACAUUGAAUUACAAUAUUUUACUGGCUGUUUGUAUAUACUAGAAAAUUUUCCAGCCAAAGGAUUUUGCAUACAGCUAUCAUCUUUUGAUCAGGAUUUCAAAAGAUAUACUUCUUAUUUGUACAAAAUAGUUUUAAUAUUGAAAACUAAUGAGAUUCCAUAUAAUAUCUAUAUAACAAGAGCAAAGACAAAUGCUACAAACCAAGUAUUCAACGAUAUUCGCACAUACAUUUGGGCAAGGGAAUCUUGUUAUGGUGUAAAAGAUACUGAAAAUUUGUUGAUAGCUGCCUGUGAAUGUUUUGGUCACAUAAAUAUUAGAAAUGAAAAAGCUUAUGAAGAAAUAACAGAAGAUGAUCUUUGUCAAGCUCUAUCCAAUGCAACUUCCAAUGCAUUGUUCCUAGCCAAAGAAAAACUCAACAUUGAGGAGAUCUCAUCAGUUAAGCCUUUUGAAUUGAUUGAAUAA